CUGUAGUGCUCUCUACACCAUAGCCAAAGCUAAGCUACGUAUCUCGGUACCAAGUAUGCUCGGACCUGUGAGCUUCUCCAAAUGUAGCUCAUGUGCGCCGGUAGACUACAUUAUUUCAGAGGGACCAUAAAAGGGCACAGACUGGAUGAUUCUGCAAUGUUCUGAAGCGGAUUCUGUCUUUGCCCGAUAUUGAUGUGGACCGUGCAGCCGGGAGAGCCACGGCGACGACCGCAGGCUCUGUCUACUGGAUGUUGGAAAGAUAUCCGGCUUGUUGCAUUUGUAUCCGGCUCUUCCCUCGUCAUAUUUAACGGCACCGGAGAGAUUCUACAGACAAUAUACCAUGACGCUAAUUGCCUCCUCGAUGCGGUGGCACUGGAUGAAGCCACGGGUGCAAUAGCCGUGAGUGCUGGGCGGAGAGUUCAGAUAUAUUCUCCAAUUGAUGAUAACACCGAACAACCAAAGUGGUCUAAGCGCUGUUUGCUUAAUGAGACUCAAACUGCUGAAAAAGAGAGGGACAGGCCUUCUUUGAGCCUCUCAUGGGGCAUUCCUGGGGAGUUGCUUGUUGGAGGCUCCGUUCUUCAACUCUGGUCUAUCAGUGAAGGAGGAAGACUUCUUUGGAGCAGAGCCUUGGCAAACAAUGUCAAAUGCGCACUGUUUUCUCCUGACGCUGGCCUAAUCGUCUCCAUCAGCACCUACGACCGACUUGUAAAAGUCUGGAGAAGACAAUCUUUCGAUCCUACGGAUACCCGAUUCGAUUAUACCUACCUAUCUCAUCCAUCGGCGGUAACUGCGAUCCAGUGGCAAUGCUCAUCCCGCCAAGAGCACAAAGUGAACGUAUUGUAUACUAUUUGCACGGACAAUAAGCUCAGAAUUUGGCACGGAACUGACACGUACGGCCUACAAUUCCUUCAACUGUCCGCUGAAAUUGAUCUGCUUGAGUGCAUUCAACCGCGUUUAGCUUCCCAUCAAUUUGAUACCCGACCCACCCAGCGAUACGCUUUCAUUAUCAACAGUCAAGAUUUCGCAUGGGCGAUUGAGCGUGCGAAAAAUGAGCCAAGUGCAAAUGCGGAAUCAUUGGAGCAUCUCGUGGAGAUUGCCGCCAGGUCGCCGGACAUUGUUGUGGUACUUGAUAAAUAUGGCAACCUUUCUGCUUGGGCUGUUGAAGACAGUGGUUAUAAAACCCAUGUGAAGACGAAGGUCUUUAAUGUCGCACAUGUUCACGGCCUAGACUGGGGCUUUAGGGAUGUCUCUUCUGAUGAUAGCUACGCCCAAUUUGAAUAUUUCUGCGACCCUCAACACAAUAAGUCCUUUACGUUUUUAGUGCACCACUUCGAUGGCCGAAUUGAAUGGCUCGAAGCUCAAGUGGACGAGUUUUUCGACGCUUUGCCUCGCCAGAAGCGACUCACUCCUCGGCUUGCCUGGUCUGGUCAUAGUGGGGCAAUCAAAAAGGUUGUUCGAACUGCGGCCGGAAAUGCCGUCGUUUCCAGGACAGACGAUAAUGAAGUUAUAGUGUGGAAACAGAUAUCAACUCGGUUUGGCACAAAUAUUUCUCGGCAAAGCAAAAUAAAUAUGCCAGAGCAUAUUCAUCGAACCUGCCUGUUGAAUGACGGCCAAUUCCUGGUCUUUUUACACCAUACUAGCAUUUCGGUGUAUGAUGCGCGGUCCGCAACAGCGAGUAAAGCAGCGAGUGUCGAGUACACCGUAUCCGGAAAGCCGUUGUGUCUCAUUGCACUUCCCGGGACGGAGGCUUCGAGGGAGACAGCAUAUGUCGCAACUAUUACCUCUACGAUGAAAGGCAUAGCGUGGGAAGUAAAUCUACCCGGUCAUGGGGAAAAUCGCCGGUCACUUUCCAAUGGGACUAAACCUACUUUACAAGAAUUUUUCAGAUUUGACUUGGGUAUGAAAGAUGACUUGGCAUUUGUGCUACCCGUUGAUCCAGCAGGUUCAGACUACUUGAUAUCCGGUUUCCUCGAUACUUUUGCUAGAGACGUAGCUAUAUCCUACACAAAGAGUGGCGUUUUACGGUCAUGGACGGCAAAGGUCGAUACACAUUUAAGAGAGGUUCAAUGGCUACUCACAUCCGCCGUGGAGACCGGUAUUAGUGAACCAUCACUUGCGAGCGCAACAUCAAUCCGAAAAACGGCCUUGGUAGACUCAGACGGCUUUCGACUGACUAUAUGGGACAUGCGCGGCGCUCAACUCGAAUAUGAAAAAAAGUUUGAAGCUCCAGAUUACGUACAAGAUCUAGAUUGGACUUCGACUCCUGACGGGCAGUCGAUCUUGGCUGUCGGCUUUCCACACAAGGUCCACCUGCUUUCGCAACUACGCUUUGAUUACUUUGGCGCUCAAGCGGCUUGGACAACUGUCAGAGAAAUAGAUAUCAGCCGAGUAACAUCGCAUCCUAUUGGAGAUUCGACCUGGCUUGGGGGAGGCAAUCUAGUAAUCGGAUCCGGCAAUCAGCUUCUGGUGUGCGACAAAAAGCUUGAAAUAAGUGCUAGUAAAAUCAGCGGCCUAGGAGUCUCACGCAAGCAGCGGCUUUCGAGGGAGAUUUUUGAUAUAGUGGCUUAUCUUAAUGGGCCGCUACCCGUUUUUCAUCCUCAAUUUUUAUCACAGUGCAUACUUUGUGGAAAGUCCGCUCUGGUGAGAAAAAUUCUCCUUGAAUUGAAUGAAGCACUUAAGUACUUCACGGCCGGCGAUGAACUUGACAGCCUGUUGGGCGUAUCCUUGUCCAACCAUUUGGAAAACAACAAGGGCCCGACGAAGGCACGAAAGGACCUAUCAUAUGAAGAGCUUAGUUCUACCGAUGACUCGGAGACCUUCACUGAUGAGAUGGCAGCUUCUCUCAAUGAGAGAUUGACAACCGUUGAAAUACCACAGCUCUCCAAUUGGGAGCAAUUUCACCUUGCUGAUAUUGUUGAAUGCGUCGCCACGGCGGAAAAGCACCGUCGCUCAAUGGACGACAAUGCAACAAGAUUCUUGCUUUUUUUCCGCCAGCACUUCCUCAGACGAGGGCGAGCGGCUUUGAACGAAUAUAGUCUUAACGAUUCGACUAUUUCAUGGCGGGAAAUUACAUGGGCAUUUCACAGUGGCAGCCAGGAUAUCUUAGUGGAUCUUGUCUCGCGACAUUUCCUCGGGAAAAUGCUCUGGGAGCAAGCCAGAGACAGUGGAGUAUUUAUGUGGAUGACGGAUUUGCAAGCUUUGAGAGCUCAAUUUGAAAUCAUUGCUCGCAAUGAAUAUACAAAAACGGACGAAAAGAAUCCGAUCGACUGCAGCUUGUACUAUAUCGCUCUUCGAAAGAAGAACGUCCUUGUGGGACUUUGGCGAAUGGCAAGCUGGAAUAAAGAACAAGCCGCAACCCAAAAACUUCUAUCAAACAAUUUUCAGGAUUCUCGAUGGAGAACUGCUGCGCUGAAGAAUGCAUUUGCAUUACUUGGAAAACGACGUUUCCAAUAUGCUGCUGCAUUCUUCUUGCUUGCGGGAAAUCUAAAAGAUGCUGCGCUUGUCUGCAUUAAUCAGCUUAAAGACAUUCAAUUGGCAAUAGCUAUAGUCCGAGUCUACGAGGGAGACAAUGGCCCCGUUUUGCAUGAGAUCCUUACACACACGGCUCUUCCCCUAGCUGCAAAAGAAGGGGAUCGAUGGUUGGCAACAUGGGCAUUUUGGAUGCUCAAACGCCGCGACCUCGCAGUGCGCGCAUUGAUAUCGCCAGUAUAUACAUUGCUUGAGACCCAACAAUCGCCAAACCUUCAUGCGAAAUCUUUCCUGGUGGAUGAUCCUGCUUUAAUUGUCUUGUAUAGGCAAUUGCGCUCGAAGACGUUGCAAACAUUACAUGGCGCAUCAAAGAAUCUACCAACGGACGAAUGGAAUUUUGUCAUUCACACCGCUCGCCUCUAUGAUCGAAUGGGCUGUGACUUGCUUGCUUUAGAUUUGGCAGUCAGGAACUGGGAAUUCUUGCCGCCACCUAAAGCAGGAAUCCAUCCUCUUGAUCAGAUUAGCACUUUACCGAAGUUCCAGCGGCGGACCUCCCUAAUCCUGUCUGAUCUCCCCACAUCCUCCUGGUCAGAAACGGCGCCACCACCAGUUGGAGUGAAACAUUCAGCAGGCUUCCAGGAGCCAAGUACUAGCUCGUUGCUGGAUAACUUUGGCUUUUAAACGCUUUGAUUCCUGCCAAAUUUCGAUUAUUAUAUGUUGAGACUACCCAAGCAAUUUUUCUUGUGGUGUUUCAAUUUCAAUAUAUGACUGUUUAGGUCCGAUAAAUCAUAGCCGCGUUUGGUGAGAGGCGUUCGGAUAUUAACAUGCCUUUGUACUAUGAGGUACGGCCGUUUUUUUUUCUUCCGCCAACAGGAAAAGGAGAAUCAGGAGAAU